GAACGCUAGAGCGGCGCUAGAUCGUGUCACGUGACUUAUCAGAAGUUGAGUGAUGGGGUUUACGGUAAUGACACGGCUCACACUGACACAGCGCUCAUUAUGUUUGAGUGAUGAAAGCAUCGCGCUUUAACCUGUCAAUCUCGUGUACACGUGUGUGAGUGUGUGUGUGUGUGUGAGAGAGAGAGAGGGGGAGAGAACUAUCUGUCCCGGGAUGGCUCUGCACACGGCACCUGGACUGCAGCUCCAUCAGACAUCUCUGGGCGGGCAUGAGGACGAGAGGAGGAUGAAGAGGAGAGAGAAGAACCGUGUGGCUGCACAGAGGAGCCGCAAACGCCAGACGCAGAGAGCCGACGAGCUGCACGAGGCAUAUGAGUACCUGGAGCAGCAAAACAGCUUACUAAAGAAGGAGGUUCAGCUGCUCCUCGAGGAACAGAGGCGACUGGCCGAAGCUCUUAAUCUUCACGAGCCCUUAUGUCCUGUUCUAAACGCCAACGUAAACCUCACGUCGACCCCAAGGAGUACAGACGGAAUUCCUCCCUGAACUUAUAAGCAAACCAAGACCAUUGGUAGCUUCUCGGGCUUGGAUUAUUUUUUUCUUUUUCAAUCCUUGUAUAAAAACUUAUUUAGUAUGACGGUCAAACCUCAUUUUCCAGCCGUUCCUGAUGCUUCAGGAAGUUGUGUCAGCAUUAUUAAUUAUUUUUAUUUAAACAUACAAAAAUGAACUUCUAGUAGACCACUUUAACCACUAAGCAUGUGUCUGGUCCACCACUCUGCAGUUUGGAGGAGUGCCACCAGAGUGAACACUUCUGCUUUUAGACGCCACCCCAAUUCACCAAAAAUACCCCACUCAGUUUCAGGAUCUGGUGUUGAUGCAAUGAUUAUCAACGCUGAGUUUUUAUGUGCAUCAGUUCUUGAACAGGAAUGUCUACAGGUGUUAAUGUGUGUGCAUGUGUGUGUGUGUGUGUGUGUGUUUGGAGGUUGUUUAUGGUUUACGCAGUCUAAAGAAUGUACAGUAUAUGAAUGUAUUUUAAUGUGAUGUGAUCAACUGACUGUUGUGUUAUAUAAGAUAUAUAUACAGUAUUUUGUCACUUUUUAAGUUACUAAUAAAACUAUGUUCUUA